AUGGGCCACCUCCAGCGCGAUUCAACAGCAGGUAUCGUUCUAGGUCACGAUCAAGGUCACCACCUCCACCUCCGCCUCCAUCGACAUCAACAUCAACAGCUGCCCCUGCUGCCCCUGUUGCUGCCAACAGUAACAACACACACAAUCAAUAAUAGCGCGAGGGACGAUAUCAAGCCAAUCACACAACCAGUAUCAGUACUACCUCUCCCUUUGCCAACCCCCCUCCCUCUGCCUCAGCCGCCACCUCAAUCACUCCCACUUCCUCCUCCUCCUCCUACUCAGCCCCAACCACCAACACAGCAACAGCAACAGCAACAACCACAACAAGCAGCAGACACAUUGCCAACAACUGAGGUGCUAAAGGAGACUUCACAGAAGCAGUAUCUGCUCGAUAACCUCGUCAAGCCGCAGUUCAUGGCGAAUGAACCAAACACAGGCCCUUUCCCUAUCCGCUCACGUAGCGCGUACAACUGGAUGAUCAUAUUCGACUCGAAGCUGGCGGAGGCGCCCUCGGCCGGCGACGAGCUGGUCAGCAUCCUGCACGCUGGUAUCGCCCAACAGCAGUCCCUGGCGGCGCUAUCUGGCGGGCGCCAGUACCGCGUCAAUGGCUUUGCACAGGAGAACGACAUGGCCGAGCAGAUCUUUGUCGACUUUGUAGACCCGCGCCACAGCCACCACGCCAACAUCCUCAACAGCAUGUCGAUGCUCAAUCCCGACUUCCCCGUGCCACUCUUUAUCAGCGACAAGAACACACAGGUCACCGUGCAGCCCAAGGUCAUACAUCUGUCGAACCUGCCACCCAACGCCGACGAGAAGGUGUUACGCGAUCAGUUUGGACGCUAUGGACAGAUUGAGCGAACCAAGGUGUUCUACCUGCCCUCGGGUAACAAGAUCAGCACAGGCAUUGCAACUGUCAGCUUCAGCGAGGCCAACUCUGCCAUCAAAGCUUUCAAAACCUUUGGCGAGAAUCCUCUCAUCCAUGGACGUAAGAUCAGAAUCAAUCUUGAUCCUUCAGGUUAUGUCUCUCAGACCAUGUUCGACUCGCUGACUUCAUCGUCAAAGAAGAGGUUAUUGUCGACGUCUGCAUUGAUGAGCGAUAUAGGAAUAUCGGAGUAUGGCAGCAACCCUGUGACAUCACCAACACUCAAUCAAUCGUAUAGUACUGUGCCAGCAGGCGACUGGAUGUCACAGUUUGGUCACUCAAAGUCAUCAUUCAAACAACAAUACACUGGCAACAACAAUGGCAGUAUUAAUGGCGGUGGAGACAUGGACACAAUCACAACAACAUCAUCAAAGCCACAAGACAACUCAUCUGUGUCAACAACAGCAUCAACAAUGGACAUACCCACAAAGACAACGACACCUCCGCCUCCACCUCCACAGUUUGAGUACGACCCAGCACAUCCCACCGACUCGACCACGUCGCCCAUCAGGGGACAACGACCAAAGGACCACUCGUACGACAAAUCCGACUCAAUGCCCCCAGCUGGUCAGAAUCAUCAAUCACUCUCAAAGCCUACAACACCUCCACUUCAUCAACAACAACAACAGGGUCACAAUGUACAAAGUCCAUAUCAUUCAGGCGAAAAGCCUCCAGUUGUAGCAUCAUCAACUCCUUCGACCACACCUACAAUGGUGGCCCAACAACACACAGACAACCAACCACCAGUAGCCACAGCACUGGACUUGAACAAGUCCAACACACUGUCGUCAUCAUCAUCUUCAACAACAGACCCAGCCAAACGAAAGGAUGAGAAGCGCGAGACUCCUGUUGAAGAGUCACAUCCUCCAAUCGAUCGCAGGAAGUUAAUGCUGGAGAACACUGAGCUGAUACAAGAGCUGUGCGAGCGUAUUGUAAUCAAGGAGCUGUUGGCCAUCUCGUCAAAGGAUGCCAAGAAGGCUAUUGUCGAGGCAGAGAUUGCAGCAGCCAUCAAGAACAUCGAGCUCCAGCAUCUAUCGGGACAGGGCGGCGCAGACACUCCUUUGAGCAAGUCAGGGACGACGGCCAUUGCCGUCAAGCAGCAGCCUCAGGAAGAGCAGGCAGCGCCCACCCCAACCUUGGAGCCGGUGACACCAACGCGCACUGCCCUGGCCAGCGCCGACAAGUCAGAGUCGACCUUUGACAUCGCCUCCCUGCCGUCAUUCAAGAAGAACACAAAGUACUCCAAGAAGAAGGUCGAGGAUGUUGGAUAUGCCGAUGAUGAUGAGCCAAGAAGGAUACAAAGGAGGAAGCCAAGGUCGACUGAGGAGAAACAGCAACGAAGUAGCAGGAUCAGCACUCGUGCGCCUAGAAAGAAGCCAACAAAGACACAUCAUGGCGAUGAUAUAUUCGACGACGACGAAGAGGACGAGGAGGCGAGGAGCUCCCCUGUCCACCCCACCACCAAUCCAGCCACAACCAGCGAGCAAUCCACAGCAGCCGCCUCACUCAACAGCAGUGACUCGGAGGAGUCGAUCUCAGAGUCGGACCUGAUGAAUCAGGAGAUAUUGGAGGCCGAGCAACGCAAGCAACGAGAGCGCGAGAAGAAGAAGAAGAGAAAGACGAAGAAACAGCAGCAGAAGCAGCAGCGACGCGCUGAGGAGGCGACCCCACCCGACGACGAAGACGCCUACUACCUCAAGUACGUUCUCAAUCAGAGCAACAAUGGCGUGAUCGACGAGGACAUGGAAGUCGAUGACCAGCAGGCGCCCCUCGACGACGAUGAGGAGCACGCCCAGGAUGAGAUACUGCCCAUUGGCAACCCGAGUGGCUGCGCCAGGACAGAGUCCUAUUCCAAGCUGGACCGCGAGCUCAAGAAGCAACAACAACAGGCAGCAUCAACCGUGCGCAGGACGGCUGGUCUGGAGAUCGAGCUGACCAAGUCGGCACGAAGCAGUCGAUACGAGAGCAGAAUGGGUGGCGACACGAUCCUCACAUCCAGGAAGAAGAUGAUCAGAUUCUCCCGUUCAUCCAUCCACGACUGGGGUCUGUUUGCACUGGAGCCCAUCCCCGCCAAGGACAUGGUGAUCGAGUACAUUGGAGAGAUCAUUCGUCAAAAGGUUGCAGACGAGCGAGAGAAGCGAUACGUCAAGCAAGGCAUUGGUAGCAGCUAUCUCUUUAGAAUAGACGACGACAAUAUCAUUGAUGCCACAUUCAAGGGUAACUUGGCAAGGUUCAUUAAUCAUUGUUGUGAUCCAAACUGUAUAGCAAAGAUAAUUCAAACUGGAUCACAUAAGAAGAUUGUUAUAUAUGCCAAGAGAGAUAUCAACAUUGGAGAAGAGAUUACGUACGACUACAAGUUCCCAUUGGAGGACGUCAAGAUAGCAUGUCUCUGCAAGUCACCAAAGUGCAGAGGUACACUAAACUAG